UUUACGACAGUUUCAUACAGCCCACUCGCUUUACGGUAGAGUGUGUCGCUCGCUAGGCACAGCCAGGCAGCUGUCGGAAGGCAAUGCACAUUGGACUGCCCUGUGCAGAGACACUGCAAGGUGGCUCCUUCAAAGCUUUGGCUGUGACGGUGCUCCUGAGUGUGUUUAUGUUCCCUCUGCUGAGGACUGUUGGACUGAGGGCCUUCUCCAUGGCGUCUGAGACGUACAUCUCGGGUACACACUCUGCCGCCUUUGUCACUUGUCCCAACGACACAGUGGCUAAAGACUUGGCCAGGGGUAUUGUGGAAAGGAAACUCGCUGCGUGCGUCAACAUUGUCCCAGCAAUCACGUCCAUAUAUGAAUGGCAGGGUAAGAUUGAGGAGGACAAUGAGGUGCUGCUGAUGAUUAAAACAAGAAGUUCCAAGGUGCCGGCUCUCGCUGAAUACGUCCGCUCCAACCAUCCUUAUGAGGUGGCCGAGGUCAUCAGUCUGCCCAUUGACCAAGGCAACCCGCCCUACCUCAAGUGGAUAGGACAAGUUGUCCCCGAGUAAGGAUGGACUGAUGGACAAGUGGAUGAAUUAAUUCCUGCAUGGAUGUGAAACUGAAUCUGAAAAACACUAUUUCCCUCAAAGAGACAUCAAGACACUGUCCAAAUCAGUAAUGUUAUUACUAACUGCACAAGACCAAGAGUUAUUAGAUGAGACAAAGUGCCCAUUGUGUAAAUAAGUAACACAAAAGAUCAAAACUAUGAUGUUAUCUUAAAUAUGUUUAAGAUUACUGUGUUCCAGUCAUUAUUUGAGUCUUGUGUUAAUAUUUUUCCCUUUUCAGUAUGUUUACCUCUAGAGGGCAGACUUGGUCUUUUGAAUUUCAAAGUUAGCCAGGUGCAGAAGGAACUGCGCUACAGCUUUGACUUGUUUGGAAAUGCCACUAUAAUGUUUAAACAUCAGUUGUAAUUCUUGUUUCAUUUGUGAAAGAAGCAUUUUUGCAAUAAAGUGGAUGAUCAUUUUUUAAA